AAAAAGAUACAUUUUAAUAUUUAAAACGAGUGAUGCCGAGUUUAUUUUUCAGUUUUUCUAACCGCUAUAUUUCGUUUGACGACAGUUUCCACGCUUUGCGGUCGUACACGUACAGACGCCCACCAAGCAAUUGUUGAUAAGAGUGUGUUCGGGGCAUGCCCAGCGCAUUUCUCUGCAUCGAGGGUGGAUCCUGUCGUGGUUGGCUCUUGACUGUUCUGCUGAGCACGUUUAUGUUCCAGCUGCUGAGGAGCGUCGGACUGAGGGCGUUCUCCAUGGCCUCUGAGACUUACAAAUCUGGGGCGCACUCUGCUGCCUUCAUCACCUGCCCCAAUGAUACUGUAGCCAAAGACUUGGCCAGAGGCAUUGUGCAGCAGAAGCUGGCCGCGUGCGUCAACGUUGUGCCUUCCAUCACAUCCGUGUAUGAAUGGCAGGGGGCCAUCCAGGAGGACACUGAGGUUCUGCUGAUGAUCAAGACCAGAAGUUCUAAGGUUCCUGCUCUUACCGAUUACGUUCGGAAGAACCACCCGUAUGAGGUGGCUGAAGUCAUCAGCCUGCCCAUCGACCAGGGCAACCCGCCCUACCUCAAAUGGAUCUCCGAUAUCGUGCCUGAAUGAAGAUGCGUUAGUCACGGAUGGGUGUUUAUUUUUAUUUUUUUGUGCUAUUUGUCAAAGAAUAUCACAAAAUCUGAACUGGAUUUAAGUCUAUGAGUGAGGAGUUCACAUGUUGGUCUUUAGGUGGCGUCGUUGUUCAUUCUAUUCAAGUCAUUGAACACCAUGGCACAUUUAAAAAAAAAAAAAAAAUUAGAAAACAAAAA